AUGGAUAACGGAGGAAUCAGAAAAAGAAAAGAUGCGAAAGAGAACAAAGUAAACGUGCAGGGUGGGUUCAAUUUCCCAACAAAUGAAGCCUCAGCAAAUAACGGCAACUGGAACAGCGGCAGUGUGACAAAAGGGAAAAAUGAGCAGUGGGAUUCGAAGAGAAACUCCUUGGGGUCGUCCUCAAAUAUGGGAUCCAGCGCGAGGAGGGAUUCAUCAAGCGAUAACUCUAAGUCUGGGAAAAAGAAAUCUCUAGGCAUAUUCAACAGCUCGAACAUCAGUGCUAUAUCGAAUAAUUGCAUGAAAUCGUUUAACAAUAUGUUGAGUAAUAUUAACUACAACAUAAACAGCUCCGUGGGCCAGGGCGCCGGUGGAGGAGGCCACUUCAAUGACAGAUCAGGGGCCUCAACGGGCAACACCUUCUACGAAAAUCAGUUUAAAAAUCUGAACCUCGCCAAAGGAAUAAGCUACCUGAGCAAUAUAGCCAACCCGCAGCAAAAGUUUACCUCCGAUGGUCGGAAUGUGCCGGACAACCAAAUGGGAAGCCAAUCGGGCAGCAAGAGCAACUUUAACUUUUUCCGCAACUACGAAAAUAACCUGGCGGAGAAGGGGGAAAACGGAAGAAGUGGCACAAAUCAGUAUGGCAACUCCGUGCAGGGGAAUUAUGCCAACGCAAACAGAGCAAAUAUGACGAGGCCAACCAAUAGAGACACCAUUAACAGCCAGAAUUUAGAAAGCUUUCUAAACAACACAGAAAUUCAAAACCCAAAUUAUAACAUCACCGGAUUUGGAAAUAAUUACACCAGCGAAAUAAAUAACUUGAGAAAUAUUACUAACGAUGAGACGUACUGCACCUGUCUUGAUAACCUGCUACGAAACCAUGGAAAUAUCGAUUCGAAUGAAAUGCUAAAAUAUAAUGAUAAAAAUAUCAAUUGCUUAAAUGAUAUAAUUUUCCUAGAUGUGUAUAGGGCAUAUAACGUUUUAACUUAUAUGCAAGAAAAGGUGAACAUAAUAAUUUACACCAUCAAAAUGAUUGGGAAGAAAUUAAAAAAAAAACACGUCCCAGAGGAAGUAGUAAUUUCUUUAGAGUUUCUAAAUUUCUGUGUCAAAAAUUUAGGCCUUUUUUUUGUUCGAUUUUUGGAUGAAAGUUUUAUGAAAAAAAUUAGUGCUCUCCUAAAAACGACCACUUUGAAAAAGUCAAUUACGAAAGAUGUCAAGUCUAAGUUAUCCAAAUUUCUCAUCGUCCCGAUCAUCCACCCAGGGGUAGCAACAGACCCGAGACUCCAUUUCAUAAAGAGAAAAAUCCUCUUCAUGCUACAGUUAUGGCAUGAUUCUUUUAUCCUCCAUCAACACAUAGCUACUGCUGUUUUUAACGAAUAUAAAUCUUUGAAGGAAAAAGGAAUUACCUUCCCCAUUAUUAAUAAGGCUGAAAAAUUUUACGUGAAAAAUGCAGACACCUCUCCAUCCUUCUCGGACGAUAAUAUACUCCAUGAUUUGCCUCUAAACUUGGCACAAAUUAACAACAUAAUGAAAAGUUUAAAAGAAAUUAAACACAUGCAUAAUGAUGAGGAGAAAUCAAAAUGCAUUGCCAUCGUCGCCAAGUACAAAGAUCUCGUCUUCCAAAGCAUUAACAAAUUGUCCGACUACAAGGGAAACGUCAACAUCUCCGUCACGCUAAAUUCCCUUCUCUACAUUAACGACCAAAUUUGCAUUUUUGAAAAAUGGGAAAAGGAGCGGGAAAACGGGGACGGAAGCGAACGUGGGUUUAAGUCCUCCCUUAGGGAUAAAGCAACUGAAGAGGAAACCGAAAAACUCAAACAAAAGGGCAAGAAAAAGAAAAACAAAAAGAAGGAAACCUUCAACCGAUCAAAUAUUAACGAAAUUAUUUUUAACAAAUAUGACCCGUGGAACACCGAAAAGAAGGAAGAUAAAAAUGAAGCGGAACAAGAAAACGACGCCUUUUUCAACGAACCGGUUGCAAGUUUUACCAGCGCCACUUCUGCCAAGUUUAUGACCAAACAGUCCGGCACCCUAUUUAACACCAAAAACGGGGCAUCCUACGACAGUGAUAAUAUGUUUUCCUUUUUUGGUGAAGAACCCACAAAACCGGAGGGAAAAACGGCACCUAAAAAGGACAACGAGGUGGAGGACAAAUAUAGCGUUUUCAACGAACUAAACUUUAGUAACGAUUCUGCUCAUCACUCAAGUAAUAACUUCCAUCCGGGCCUGGGAACCCUUAACGUCACUUCACAUACUAUAGCGCUGAAGCCAUCGAGUCAGCUGCCCUCCCUUCAUAUCGCGCCACAAGGUGGUAACUCACCCAACAAGCGAGCAACUCCAAGUAACAAUUUUGAUAGUGACAAAAGUAGGAACAAUUUAUUACCCAAGGGGCAGGGACAAAAUUUAACUCUCCAUUCGAACGCAGCUAAUGGACUCCCCUCCAGUGGACUUCCCUCCAAUGGACUUCCCCCCCAUGGUUAUAAUUCACCAUCACGCAAAAAUGACAGAGAGGCAGUGGCUCCCAUCCCUGGGAAGUCAGUCCCCGCGCCCCAUAUUCAUAUAUUAACGGGCGAACCGGACGAAGAGAACUUCCAAGGGGGCCUAACAAACGACAGCUUCAAUUUGACGCAAAUGGAAAUUUCUAACCAGUCUUACGUGAGCGGGAGAAGUAGGAGCCGAAACGGAGGACGUUCAGGGGACGCUCUCCCGAAUGGCGCAAAUGCGACCGUUGGCACUGUGCAAAGUGGAAAUGUGCAAAACGGCACUGCAGCAAAAACUAGGGAAAUAAACAACCUUGCCAGUCGAAAUAAUUCACAGAAAGGGGAAAAGAAGGGAAACGCGUCCAGGGACAGCGGCCCCCCCUUUAAUGGGAUCAAUUUUGAUAAUCUAAUUGAUUCUGCAGAAACUAGCCAAAAUGCGUUCAAGCCAAAUGAACCGAAAGCUACCGGGCAGAGGAACAUCGCCAAGGAGGAACCUCUUACCAACGAAAAUGCAAAUGAAGCUAACUAUGAUUAUUUAUUCGAAACGUUUGAUUUUGGCCCAUCCGACAAUAAGAGUGGUGAGCCGAACGUGGAGAUGAAUAAAAGUAGCGCUGCUGAAAAACAGAGCAAUUUGAAAACCCCAUCGGAAAGGAACCCCCCCGAUGUAGGGUCAAACAGAGCGAAUGAACAGGCAAAUGCAAAGGAGGUGCUCAACACGCCAGUGGAAAAUGUGCAUGGAGGAGCAUCUGACAAGGUGCUGGACCAAGUUAACAAGGAGGCCACAAGCAUGAAAGCGAAGCAGAACCAGCAGAACCCACACAGCCCACACAACCCGGUGAGUAGCACCGCGGUUAAUAAGGACGACUCGUACAGCCACCUAAACCACUUGACCCCCGUGAGUAGCAUGAAAGUUGAAUCGCCCAGCGGAGAUAAAACUUCCCCCCACAAGCACAAAUGUGACAGUGAGAGCCCAAAUAAUGCUUCAAAUUUGGAGGAAGAAAUCCCCCAAAAGGGUCACCAGGAUGGUGGGAGAGUUGGCCAGCACAAAGAGGAACAAGGCGUUGAAGAGAAGAAGCACCCAAGCAGUACCCCCAUAGCUGAGGAGAAAACAAACGAAAAGGAUAAAAAGGAAGACAACGCCGAUGAGGCAAGCAACGCAGAUUCGAAUGACAUAAACUUUGACGAGAUAGACGAAAUAACGAAAGCAAUAGAUGACCUCAACGAUAAUUUUGAAAAUAUGAAUAUUUAUAAGUAUGGUAAUUAA